CGUCCCAGCGCGAAUCUGCGCUUUAGGACCAAGAGGAACGCGAGCGCACCGCUAUAAAGACGGCAGCCACGUUCAGGUCACGCACAGUGCGGUGCGCGGAGCUCACGCACCUCGGACGAAGCGUCCCAGAAACGCAGGAGGUGUGCAUCUGAACCGCAGUGUGCACGAAGCCCGCGGAGCCCAGUGUCACAAUGCAACAGCCCCUGCACUGUAGGCACGUCGUCGCAGGGAAGACGAAGCUUUCCAAGCCCUCGCUUCGGUGACUGACUUCUUGAAGACGCGGACAGUAAGCUGGACACUUUGGACUCUCGCAUCCUCCUCUAGAAUCUACCUGCCGAGGGAUAUAAGGCGCCAAAAUACAGCUGUUCUGAACGUCAGUCAGGUCUGCUGGGGGGCUCAUCGACUCAUGCGUUCAGCUCGAAAGGAGAGAUCACGGCGAUGCUUCCACCUCCUGCGUCCUCAGCUUCACUCAUGAGGGAAACCAGCGACGGGGCCGAGACCUUCCCCAGCGUCUGCACAAACUAGGCAAAAUGGACACAGGUCCCCGAUCAGAGGAGGAGAAGGACCCUCCUGCUCAGCGGAAGCCGUCCUCGUCAGCAGACAGCGCGGAUGUGGGACCCGAGAGCUGCAAACGCAACGGCCUGAUCAACACCCGUGGCAUGAUGGUGGAGACCAAGGAAGGCCUGGUGUCGGUGUACUCCGCCCCGCAGUACCAGGGCCAUGUAGUGGUCAAUCUCUCGCCCCAGCAGGCGGGUCAGGACAGGAAACGGGACAGGAGUCAGUGGACGCCACCACAGCUGCUCAACCCCAGUGCUCUGCCCCAGGCUGUGGACCCCUUCUACAGGCCCAACCUCAUCCUGUACCCGGAGGGUGUGCUGAGGGCAUGGGGGGAGGGGGGAGAGUGCUGUGAAACCACCUUCAUCGAGGACAUGGCUCCAUCCUCGGCCACCGCUACCGUCACCAAAGACGGAAUCGUAUUCACCGAUAGCAAGUUCCUGGACUUGUCUAUGGAUGACGCCAAGAUUCAGACGCUCUCCUACGAUGUGGACGAUGAUGAUGACUUUCAAGAGCUGGAGAGCGAGUACUCGAGUGACUCGGAGAGUGAGGACAACUUCCUUAUGAUGCCGCCGCGAGACCACCUGGGCCUCAGCGUCUUCUCCAUGCUGUGCUGCUUCUGGCCCCUCGGCAUCGCCGCCUUCUACCUGUCUCACGAGACGAACAAGGCAGUGACCAAAGGGGACUUUCACCAGGCCAGCUCCAGCUCCAGACGGGCUCUCUUUCUGGCCGUGCUCUCCAUCACCAUCGGGACUGGCAUCUAUGUGGGCGUGGCGGUGGCCCUUAUUGCGUACCUCUCCAAGAACAACCACUUGUAGCCUUGCCUUGCCUUGCCUCCCCGGCGUCUCUCGGCUGACUGAUUGUUCUAAGUGGAUUUACUCUGAGGGCCACUUAGGGGUAACACACCGAGUAACGAUCCACACACUCGACUCCAGCACUUUUAUGAAUCACAUGAAAUUAUUGAGUGGAUCCUCAUUUGUAAACACAGUGAUUAUUUCGCUCAGUGUGAAAUCAUGACAUUUCUUUUUCGGCACUCACUUGUUUACCGUGGUGGAGAGAGAGUGCUUCGAAGGACUGUAGAAACAGUGACUUUAAUAUCUAUUUACAAGGCAAGGACAUCAGGUCAGAUGGCUUUGAGCAAUCACAAAUACUGUAUGGUAUUAUAUAAUGUGCCGAUUUAACCCUUUGAUCCCUCCAGUGUUGUUUUCUUUUUUCUUUCGGUGGUGAGAUGUGAAAAACACAAUCUAUCUGAAGUGCCACAGUACUCUGAAGCCUUUUUAAUAAGAGCUACAAUAUUAUAAGGUCUAGGGUCAGGGAUUCCACACCACAAGAAGGGGCUUUUUUUCAAUGAAAUUUCAAGGGUAACAUGGACACAAAGCCAUAAAGAUGGGCUGGAAGACUCUGGAUAAGGACCUGAUUGAACAGUAAUCUUUUGAUCUGAGAGGGCGCGUGUAUAUUUGUAAACUGUCCUUGGUGAGAUACCACUUGGAAUCCCCAAAACCUCUGUAACCAGGCCCGUUGCUUUCAGUUUCUAUUUGCCAAACUAUGAUUCUGUACAUGCUUCCACCGUAAAUGUUAUGGUGUUCCACCUAUUGGGAGAUUUCAGCCAUCAAUGGACUGCAACCUCUUGCCAAAUAAAUGUAGUCUUUUCAUUCAAA